UUUCGUCUGUAUCAUCACGUGUCAAUUUUAUUUUUUGUCACAGCUGUUUAUUUUUUUAUUGGCAGUACUUUUAAAUGAUAGCAAUUAAAGUUAAUAUUAGACAACAGUCUGGUAAGUUUUGACGUUGAUUUAGGGUGUUUGUCAAAUAGGUGAGAAUAAAGUUAUUGUGCUAAAAAAAAACAAGUCGAAACGUUCAAAAUAAAAUAAGGAAUGGUUCUAAAGGGCGAUAUUUCAUCUCUACAAUAAGUUAUUACAUGAUAAAUCAAAUGAAACAGGACGGAGUCUCCUGGAAAUGACUGACAAGAUUUGUUUUUAUCAUGUAAAUGUUUUCAAAUUGAAAUGACCGAAGUUGAUUCUCUUAUUGUGAAGGAGUCAGACAGGAAGUGAUUGACCUGUCGAGUCAAAAGAGCUUGCAGAGUUUGUCUUUAGCAGGGAAGCAACUUCUGAGGAACUUUUCACCCAGUGCAAGGAAACCUGCAGACAUAAGUAAACAAGGUCAAAGGGAGGUGAAGCUCUGAAUUCGUCCAGAACAUGGAGCAGGUUGUGGCCGACCUCCCCAGCGGUCCGCUUGACGCCUACAGGAACAAAGCCUCCUUCAGCUGGAAGGAGAUGCUCCACUUCAUUGAUGGAGAGGAAAUAUUACAGUUCAAACAACACGUGUUCAACAGUUUGGAAAAUGAUCCCGUGUUUGCCCGUCAGCCUGGAGAGGAUGUUUCUGUUGAGAAGAAGAGAGAACUUAACUUCCUCAGGGUAAAGCAGCUCUUUCGCUACAACUUCCUGACUAAAGAAGAUAUGAUGGCAAACCCGUGGAAGGUUGUCAUCUUGGACGACUGUCUGGGCAUGUAUGACUGGGCUCUGGUCGCCAAGUAUGGCCUUAACAGAGUGAUGUUUGCAGGAACCAUCAUCGGUUCAGGGUCAGGCAGACAUGGCAAAUAUGUAAAGGACAUUGAAGACAUGGAAACGUUUGGGUGCUUUGCACUGACUGAGCUCAGCCAUGGUAGCAACACUCGAGCCAUGAGAACCACAGCCACAUAUGACCCUUCUUCCCAGGAGUUUGUCAUCAAUUCUCCAGACUUUGAAGCUGCAAAGUUCUGGGUUGGAAACAUGGGAAAGACGGCCACUCAUGCUGUCGUAUUUGCUCAGCUCUACACACCUGACCAGAUGUGCCAUGGCCUGCACUCUUUCAUUGUUCCUAUCAGAGACCCCAAAACCCUGCUGGCUCUACCUGGUGUUCUAGUUGGGGACAUGGGAAAAAAAUUAGGCCAGAAUGGACUGGAUAAUGGGUUUGCAAUGUUUCACAAUGUGAGAAUUCCCAGGGAAAACCUGCUAAACCGAACAGGCGAUGUUACCCCGGAUGGACAAUAUGUGACACCAUUCAAGGACUCUAACAAGCGUUUUGGAGCCUCUUUGGGGGCCCUUUCCGGAGGUCGGAUUUAUAUCACCAGGAUGGCUUUCGUCAACUUGAAGCUUGCUGUCACUGUCGCUGUUCGAUUCUCAGCCACCAGGAAACAGUUUGGACCAAGUAACACAGAGGAGAUUCCAGUUCUGGAAUACCAGUUACAGCAGUGGCGUCUGAUCCCUUAUGUGGCAGCAGCGUAUGUCCUGGAACACUUCACUAAAACCAUCUUCAUGAACUUUGUUGAGUUCCAGUUCGGACAGCUGAUGAAGGACAACAGUGACAGACAAGCAGAGAUGGGAAGGGAGAUCCAUGCCAUCGGGUGCUCCAGUAAACCGCUGGGUUCCUGGACGGCUCAGAGGGGCAUCCAGGAGUGCAGAGAGGCCUGUGGUGGCCAUGGAUACCUGGCCAUGAACCGACUGGGUGAGCUGCGUGAUGAUAAUGACCCAAACUGCACAUAUGAAGGAGACAACAACGUUUUGCUCCAGCAGACCAGCAACUACCUUCUGAGCUUGUUCCAGGCCAAAGCCCACAAUGGAGUUCCCAUUCAGUCUCCCUUUCACACUGUGGACUUCUUGGAUGAUCAUUUAAAACAUCUGGAAAGCAAGUUUACAGCAACAACAGUAGAGGACUGUAUGGAACCUGAGGUUUCUUUAGCUGCCUACAUGUGGCUCGUCAGUUUUCUGCUUGUGGAGAGUCAGAGGAGGUGGGAACAACAGAGCGCCGUAAGCAGUGAUGAGUUUGAGGCCCGUAACAACAGCCAGGUAUACUACUGCAGGUCCUUGGCUAUCACCUACAUUGAACACUGCUGCCUGCAGAGGUUUCAUAGUCUGACCAUUGAUCAGGACACGCCCUCUGACCUCAAACCAGUGCUAAGAAAACUGUGUGCCCUUUAUGGACUGUGGAGCCUCAGCAACCACAUGGCGACACUGUUCCAGGGUGAUUAUAUGUCUGGAAGGAAACCGGCGGAGUUGGUCCAGUUGACCAUCCUGAGGCUCUGCUCAGAGUUGAAGAAUGAAGCGGUGGCUUUAGUGGAUGUUUUAGCUCCCACAGAUUUCAUCCUCAACUCCCCUAUUGCCAAAGCCGACGGAGAGCUGUAUAAGAACCUGUGGUCCACAGUGAUGCAAGGCAGUCAGGUGCUGGAGCGUCCCUCCUGGUGGAAAGAGUUCUGCUCCAAUAAACCGACGGUCGGAUCCCUUCGUUCCAAACUUUAGAGGCCAAACAACAACAUGGAAGAGACAACAGAUCCUUUUUCAGCAAGAAAAUAAACUUAAGAUGAGCUGCAAUGUUUCUCUGGGGCUUUGAAAGUCAUUAAAUCGAUUUGGUCAAAUUUAAGGCCUUAAAAGGUAUUUAGUCCGAAGCUCAGUGGCAUUAAAAAUGUUUUUAUUAGUUUUGUUCAGCCAAACUUGCUCAUUGGUGAAUUUAUGAAUUAUUGCCGGUGUUGUCCCAAGAAGUGGGUUUGCAGCUUGAAAUUCAGCGAAAAAAAUAAUAUCACUAAAAAACACACAUUUAUUUAGUAAGUUAUACUAUAAAAGUUGUACUACUUACUAUAAGUAGUACAAGAUAAGUAAUACAUCAAAAGAGCAGACGAAAUCUUAUGUUUUUAGAACAAUAACAAUAUUUGUUAAUCUGUUGCAAAGAGCGUUUUCUGGUAACAAAAUGCCACAAACUAAACAUCUGAUUUUUACUUUUGCUAAGGUAAAAAUCAGACGGCAGUGCAGUAACAUUAGCACAGACAAUAGCAGUGCACCGCCCUAUAUCCAGCCUUUUCCCUAAAACAAGCUUUUUAGCUAUUUUUUAAAUAUUUAUUUGCCAUGUUUGGUCCACUGAAUAGAGGAAGUCGAUGUAAGCCUAAAUGCUGCCACAUGCCACUGGCAGCAUUUAGGCUUACAUUAGCAUUUUGGCUCAUUUUAUCUUAUACACUAAUUUUAACACACUGAAUAGAGUAAGUCCAUGUUACUCAACAUUCCUGUGACUGUCCACAUGCAAUGAAGCUCGUUGUAUGUUAUUUUAGGAUUGUUUCAAAUUUUAGCAUCAGAACCGCUGCGUUCCAAACCGACAGGCCCCGUUUUUUUAGAAACGUUCUAGUUGAAAAUGACAAGACUAUUAAAUCAGAUUUAAUGGUUUCAGAAAAGAUCAGUUAAAAGCCUUAAAUUGUUUGACAUUUCAACUUAAUAUGGCAAGUUUUGUAAAAGUGCAAAAAAGAAAAAAGAUCUUCAUAGUUUGAUUGUUGGGUUACCAUAGCUACAAUCUGAUUCCACGAGUUUAAUCUUUGUGUAAGAGCUUGGCUUGUUCACAAAUGCAUCCCAGCAAAUAACAUAUAUUACUAUUUUGUCAUCAGCAAAUGAAUGGCACAGAGAUGAAUGAAAUGCUGAGCAGGAAAUUCUGCUAGUUGAUAUUUAAAAUCAUUUGUCAGAUUAUAAACUGAUUUUAAACUUUUAAAUUUGAAUUGCCUUGUUGCUGAAAAUGUGCUAUAUAAAUAAAAUGGCCUUACCAUUAGCACCUUUUAAUCACAGUCUUUAAGCUGCUGUUUAACAUACAUUUUAUUAUUUCCACAGCUCUGUAUCAAAGGUUUUUUUCUGGUCUAAUGUUUUAAUCUUAAUUGUCAAGAUCAUUGCAAGCAACAACAAUAAAGGCUUCAAAAUAUUC